AUGGCAGACGAAUUAGAAAAUGCACCAUUGAUCGAGGCUGAUCAAGUAGAUCAAGUUGACCAUGUUGACCAAGUCGAGCACGCUGACCAAGAUGGAGUGGUGGCUGAAUCGCUGGUACCUCAUGGCUACCUCGCACCAGAGGACAUCGAAUAUGAAUUCGGUGGACCUGCCGGUGCUGUAGGUAUGAUGGUAGGGUUCCCGCUCCUCAUGUACUACAUGUGGAUCAGUGCCCAGUUCUUCGACGGCUACCCAGCUUGGCCCACUGCCGAUCAGCUGUGGAGCUCGUUCAUCGUAGACACUUUGUUUUGGAAAUACUUUGUAGCGUACGGGAUUCCAAGCGUCAAGACUUUUGUAAUCUUUACUGGAUUCGUUUUGGUUCAGGGUAUAUUUUACGUUACCUUACCUGGUGUCUGGACCAAGGGCCAGCCUUUGACACAUUUGAACAACAAGCAAUUGCCUUACUACUGUAAUGCUAUCUGGUCUCUUUACACCACGCUCGUAAUUCUCGUCUUCUUGCACGUACUGGGAAUUUUCAAGUUGUACUACAUCUUGGAUAAGUUCGGUGAAAUUAUGACCACUGCAAUCUUCUACGGUAUCUCGUUCAGUGUUGGGUUAUACUUGGUUUGUCUUUACGUGACCGAGGACUAUCAUAGAAUGACUGGUAACCACCUCUACGAUUUAUUCAUGGGUGCACCAUUAAACCCAAGAAUUGGAAAGUACCUCGAUUUGAAGAUGUUCUUCGAAGUCAGAUUACCUUGGUUUUUCUUGUUCUUCUUGAGUUUGGCCUGUUGCUUGAAACAGUACGAUGAAUACGGAUACGUUUCUCCACAAGCUGCCUUCGUCUUGCUAGCCCACUGGCUCUAUGCUAACGCCUGUGCCAAGGGUGAAGAGUUGAUUGUUCCUACUUGGGACAUGGCCUACGAAAAGUUUGGGUUUAUGCUUAUCUUCUGGAACAUUGCCGGUGUGCCAUUCACUUACUGUCACUGUACUUUGUACUUGGCAUGGCACGAUCCUGCCGAGUACCAAUGGCACUGGGCUUACAACUUGUCCUUGUUUGUUGUUUUACUUACUGCUUACUACUUCUUUGACACUGGGAACAGACAAAAGAACUCAUUCAGAAGACAACUUGCUGGUAACACCCAUUUGAGAAAGACAUUCCCAUACUUGCCCCACGGUGAUAUCAUCAACCCUAAGUACAUUGAAUGUGAAAAUGGCUCUUACUUGUUAACUGACGGAUGGGUUGUCUACGCCAGAAAGUUCCACUACACUGCCGACUGGACCCAAGCAUUGACCUGGGGUCUUAUCUGUGGAUUCGCAUCUCCAUUCCCAUGGUUCUUCCCAGUCUUCUUCUUUAUUGUUUUAGUCCACAGAGGUUUCAGAGACCAAAGAAAGUGUGAAAGAAAGUACGGUAAAGAUUGGGACAGAUACGUCGAAGCAUGUCCAUACAUGUUCAUCCCAUACGUGUUUUAA